GCUUUAUUCACAACAUCCACCAAAAACACCUCUUCUUCCAAAAACCACACACCCAAAUAUUCAAAUGAGGCGGUGACAAUGUCGAAACAAUACCUUACAACCCAUACGAUUGAUGAUGCACAUAAAACAGACAUCUUUUCUCUCGCCGUAACCCCUAACUCUAUCCUCUCUGCCUCUGGCACAUCCACCCUCAAGAUCCACAGCACACUCACCACGCCUCCCUCUCUAACCCAGACUCUCCCCGCCCAUAAACUGGGCUGUCACCACAUCUGCACCUCUCGAUCUGGCACUAUCGCCGCAUCUGCCGGCUUUGACGGUACAGUUAGUAUAUGGAGCUCUUCUCCCCAAGCAGACGGAUCGGAAGAAUGGUCUCAUCAUGGCCAUAUUCUCGAUGGCAAUAAGCCUGGUGAAAUCUGGGCACUGGCAUUGAGUGCUGAUGGAAAUUUCCUUGCAGCAACAACUAUUGAUGGGAAGAUUGGGGUGUGGGAUUUAUUACAAGGAGUUGAAGAGAUCGCGGGAAAGAAAAGUGUAGGCAAGAAAACAAGAGAGUAUGAGACGAAGGGAAGCUUUGGGCUAUGUGUGGAUAUUAGUGCGGAUGGAAGAUUUACAGCCAGUGGACAUGAAAAUGGGGGUGUUUAUGUUUUUAAUAAUGAUACGGGAAGAAUGGUACAUAGUUUACCUGGACUCAUCCAACCAAUUCGCACCAUCUCCUUCUCUCCUCUCUCUACCUAUCUCGCUGCCGCCGGCGACUCCACAGCUAUCGCUCUCUACUCUGUUACCCAUGGCGAACAAGUCGCUAACAUGACAGGCCACACAGCCUGGAUUUUCAGCAUUGAUUGGAGUUUUACAGGCGAAUAUCUAGUUAGUGGUGCUUGGGAUGGUAAAGUGAAGGUAUGGAGUGUCGAGGGAAGAAACUGUGUGGCGACCCAUAGUGAGACGGAUAAAGCACUUUGGGCUGUCAAAUGGUUGCCGAAAGUGCAGGGGAGAAGUGAGGCGUUUGUUACAGCGGGAGCAAAUGGGAGUUUGAGCUUUUAUAGAGAGGCUACAGGUGGUUGAGUUGAUAUUUAAGGGGAAAAGAGAGGUUAGAGGAGAGAAAGAUGAGCUUUGCUAAAGCUACUGUACCAAGAGUGUAGAGUCGGAUUUCAUACUCAACAUGAGCGUGGGGAUAUAGCUCAGACUUGAAGUAUUACCAAAAGUUCUAAUGGCUACUCAAAUGCAGCACACUUGCAUACUAAAUAGCCAAAUCACAAAUAAAAAUUCAAGCGAAGAUAUUGCA